UCAAAUCAAGGAACUCGCACCAUGUCUUCUUUCUUCUCGUUCAUCUUCCUUUUACUUUUCUCCUUCCUCACUAGCUUCACAGCUUCUGCUCAAAGGCCUAAUUUUCUAUAUCAUGUUUGUCGAAAUACGACAACAUAUUCAAGAAACAGCACUUAUUAUACAAAUCUCAGAACCGUUUUAUCCUCUCUGUCUUCCCACAACGCUUCAUACUCCACCGGUUUCAAAAACGCCACGGUGGGACAAGCCCCCAACAGGGUCACCGGGCUUUUCCUCUGCCGUGGAGAUUUGUCGCCGGAAGUUUGCCGUAGCUGCGUCGCCUUUUCUGUCAACCAAACCUUAACUAUGUGUCCUGAAGAGAAAGAAGCCGUGCUCUAUUACGACGAGUGUAUGCUCAGAUACUCUCACCAAAACAUUUUAUCGACCGUUAUAUACGAUGGAGGAUACAUCUUGUUGAACGCCAAUAAUAUUUCAGUUAAUCAAGCUGACCAGUUUGGAGAUUUGGUGUCGUCCACGCUGAACCAAGCCGCCUUCGAGGCAGCUAACAGUUCUAGAAAGUUCUAUAUGACAAAGGCCAAUUGGACCUUACUCCAGAGUUUGUACGUACUGGUUCAGUGCACUCCUGAUCUUAGGAGACAAGACUGCUUGAGCUGUCUGCAAUACUCCAUCAAUGGAAUGGUGCCUUUUAACAAAAUUGGAGGAAGACUUCUUUACCCUAACUGUAAUUCAAGGUACGAGCUUACCGUUUUCUACAAUGAAACCGCCGUUAGUACACAACCACAACAACAAGCACCACCACCGUUGUUGCCUCCGCCCGCCUCUACUUCUCCAGUGUCAUCUCCUCCACGACCUGGAAAAGGUGGGAAUUCAAACGUAUUAGUGGUAGCCAUUGUUGUGCCUAUUAUAGUGGUUGUUCUGCUUUUCAUAGCUGGUUAUUGUUUCCUUGCCAAAAGGAAAAAGACGACUUCUGAUACUGCACCAGCCUUUGAUGCCAUUCUUGAAAAUUGGGCCGAAUUGCUUAGAUUCAUGGAUGUGUGCACGCAGACCCUGCAAAGCAAGGAAGAUCCUGUAGAGCGUCCGACUAUGCCAGCCAUUUUCAUGAUGCUCACUAGUAAUACUGUUACUUUACCUGUGCCUCGAGAACCAGGGUAUUUUGUUCCGAGUAGACCGGAAAAAGACCCGCUUGAUUUAGAUCAAUCAACGACGAGCAAGUCUUUUACAGGGUCUGUUGACGAUUCCUCAAUCACUGAUUUACAUCCUCGUUGAAUAUGAUGUUAAUCUCCCAGCUUGAACCAAUUGGUAUUAUAUUUUACAAACAAGUGAAAACGUUUUUUUGCUGUAGAGUUGAGAGCAAGCAAACAUUUGCAUACUUGGUGUUGUCUCAUCUGUGUAUUAAAUAAUUGUGGUCCAAGAUUGCUAAUAGAAUACGGUCAAGUUU